GCGGCGCUGUCCGGGGCGGCCCGGGCCUGCGCCCGCUGCCCACCUGCCCGCCGAGGACCAGCCAGGGCGUCCUCUGGCGUGAAGCAGAGCAGGCGGGCGGGCAGGGAGGAAACUGGGCCAGCUGGAGCCCCGACAGGAAGGGAGCCAGGAGGAAGCAGGCGCUGCCACCCCGCACGGCUGGGCGUUUCUGUGCCAGCCCUCCGGAAGGAGAGGAGGCGGCGUGGGGGGCUUCGCGGAAGGGAGGGGACGGCACAGAUGGGAGCCGCAGCACCGGGACGGGAGCGGGCGGUCCAUAGGAUGGGCUGGGCUGUUGGGAACUGACUGAGGAUGGGGAAGGGAGAAGGAAGACGCGGUGGGGAAACGGGCAGCCAGGAGCCCGAGACAGGAGCCGGCGCCCGCCACGUGCCAAUGGCUGCCGACCCCAAGUGGAGUGUGGAGUGGAUCGAGCUGCCGCGCAUCCUGAGGCCGCCCCGUCGUCGGGGUCGUUGGGAAGCCGCUGCGGGGACCCUGCUCGGGUGGAGCCGAGCGUCCUCCCUGCCGUCGUCGGUGGACAGCCAGGACUUAUCGGAGGUGAAUGUUGAAGACACUGUCGAAAUGCUUCCCAAGUCCCGGAGAGCCCUCACCAUUCAGGAGAUCGCCGCCCUGGCCCGCUCGUCCCUGCACGGAAUCUCCCAGGUGGUGAAGGACCACGUGACGAAGCCGACCGCCAUGGCGCAGGGCCGCGUGGCCCACCUCAUCGAGUGGAAGGGCUGGAGCAAGCCUCGAGACUCCGCCUCGGCCCUGGAGUCGGCCUUCUCCUCGUACUCGGACCUCAGCGAGGGGGAGCAGGAGGCUCGCUUUGCAGCGGGGGUAGCGGAGCAGUUUGCCAUCGCCGAGGCCAAGCUGCGGGCCUGGUCUUCGGUGGACGGGGAGGACUCCACCGACGAAUCCUACGACGAGGACUUUGCCGCAGGCGCCGACAGCCCUCAGCCUCCAGACAUAGCCGGGCAGCUUGGGCCUCAUCUGCAGGACCUCCUGACGGGCCGGCGCUACUCGAGACCCUUGCGUCAGGGCUCCUGCGACCCGGAGAGCGAUUCCUCGCAGACGGUGUCCCCCGAGACCCUGUGCUCAAGCCUGUGCAGCCUGGAGGACGGGCUGCUGGGCUCCCCGGCCCACCUGAGCCCCAGCCUGCUGACCGAAGAGCUUCUCCUCUCCAAACUGCCCCCAAGCAGGGAAAGUGCCUUCCAGAGCCUGGGCCCCCUGGAGCGCCGGGACUCAUUCUACUCUGUGUCCUACACGGAGUCCUGCCUCUCGCCCGCCGAGGAUGAGCCCAUCGCCUGCAAGGACUGCCAGCUCCUGGGCCCUGCACCGGGGGGCAGCUGGGAGGGACGGCGGCGACGGAAAGUGUCCGACGUGGCCUCCUCGGGCGUGGUGUCCCUGGAGGAGAACGAGGCUGAGCCUGAGGAGCAGUGAGCGUGGGUGACGGCAUGCCCGCCUUGGCCUCGGCCUUGGCGGGGGGGCAGAGGGGGCAGGGCCCUCUGUGCCCUGGCCUGGUGCAGGGCCACCCUCCAUCAGUGGAGCCUGAGGCUUCCGGGUGGAGCCCUGGCUCUCCCUCAGAUGACUCCUCCGUUGUCUGUUUUGCAUGAAAGUGUUUGAAGAGGAGGCAGAGGCCAGGGGCCCGCCCCGGACGCAUGUUCUGCCACCUCUUUGGGGUUUGCCGGGGGCUGCCCGGGACCCCUCGAGGCAUGGCUCCAGCUGUGGCAGACAGUGAUGUCCACGUUCUUAAACCAGACAAACAAGUUGUUCCAUGUACCUCCUCCUCACCUCACCCUGCCCCCAAGAGAGGUGACCCCCCCUAAGGGGGGUGCUUCUGCCCGCUGGGACUCUUGCGUUUUCUCUCCUCCCCCGCAGCCCACCCUGGCUCCCUGCCUCAUUCUCAUCUCUGUCCCAAUACUGUGCUUGAGUGAGUGACCACCCCUCACCGCUGGGCUGGCUCCCUCCUUCCCUCCGGUCCUCUGGCAACCAGAUGGUCGUGUCCUUGGAUGGAGGCCUCCAGCCCAGCUGGCUCUGUGUUGUGCCAUGCUCUGUGCUUGGAGGCUGUGCUUCUCAUCUUUGCUAAAUCUCUCCCCCAAAGAAAUGGGGUUUCUGGUCUAUUCUUUGAGUCUUGGCCCUACCUUGGAGGGGGAGGCAUAGGAAAUGAAGGAAAACAAGCUGCUAGUCUUCCUUGCCAGCCCUCCUCUCCUCUCCUCUCCGUCAUACAGACAGCAUGGGACGGGGAAGCUUCCGGUGUCUGCAGCCAGACUGUCUGGGUUCAGCUUCUGCCUUUGAUGCUACUCCCUGUAUAACCCUGGCCGAGUCAUUUCACCUUCAGGCCUCAGUUUCCUCCCCCAUAAAAUGAGGGGUUAGAUUAGAUGACUUCUGUGGUUCCUCCCAGUUCUAAAUCUGGAUUUCAUGAUUCCUUCUCUGCCUGUAUUUCCUUUUCUCCGACUCCCCACGCACACAUAGUCCAUCUGGUUUCAUCCCCUUGUUAGCCCCUGGCUCUUCUCCCUCCCUCCUCUCUCCCAUCUUCCAUCACUGAGCAGUUGCAGCCCGAGGAAUGGGAGGAAAGGUGUGUGGUAUUUGCAGGACAAACUGCCAAGGCCAAGAAACUUCACUCAGGGUUCUAGAGGGCGAGUUGUGCCGAGAGUGGCUGGAACUCGGCUGGCUGGGUGGGUGUCUCCUUGGGGAAGGAUGAUCAUCUUUCAGAGGUACCAGGAAAGGGGAACCUGAGCUCGGGCCCCCGCCUGGAUCCGGUGGCAGAGCCAGGACAUCGCUGGUAGGUAUCCGGAGACAGACCCCAAGGAAGUAGGGAUGUUGGCAGACCAGGCCCUGGAGGCAUGGCACUGAGUGUGGCCAGGGUAAGGGCAUGGGGACAGAAAUUCCAGGCUCGAGUGGCUCAUUAGGGGUUUAUUUUGUUCUAUUUAAGAAUCUGUUUUAUUAAAUUAAUAUAAAAAUC